AAGACUCUUUAAAUCGUCCCAUAUUUUACACAAGAGAGUUUAUCAGCAGUUGUAAACAUGGAUUCGUAUCUCUUUACAGGGCUAUGCAUCCUGUCGUUUCCAGUAUUAAGCGAUGCUUUAGCUGUUUAUGGAUUUCAAGGAGCGUCGUCUGCGAUCUUAACCGGACGUACUUUGCAUUAUUCUGUACAUCUCAAUGACUGUGAAUUGCUUGGUGGACCAAGAGCUGGCGCAGAAUUUGAAGAAACAUUUGGCGGCCAUAUUACAAUAUGGCGGUCGUUCAACGACCGUGACAUUUCGGACGAACCUUUCCUUGUAUUUUUCGAUCAGAGAAUGCUAUUUGAUGAAGCAGGAAAACUAGCACAGCUGGUGAGGGAAGUAGAGGUCUGGGGGAACGACACAGGCAUUGUCAGGUCGGUGACCUACUCAACAGAUUAUUCCAAGGUCAUCUCUGAGACAAGUCACAAGUGCUCAUUGUCGUCUGCAAACAAAUCAGGAAAUAUAGAUUUCCAAGCAUCUGAAGGCACGCCAGAUCGUUUAAACAGUUUCGAAGAUGUACUCAGUGCCCUCGAAAGCGGCAGAUACGUUCACUUCCAGGCUAUGACGUUUAUUUGUAGAGGAGGUCGAGAACACUCGUUCUCAAACUUUGGCGGCCAUAUUCCAAACUAUGAAAUGAAAAUGGAAGGAGGUGCAGUUCACGGCGUGAGAAGUUCUGUGCAGCAGACGGUCCAUUAUGUCCCCAAAAUUGAUCGGCACGUGCGUGACGUCAUCAAUUUAAGAAUAUUCGACAAUCGCACGGUUGAGAUCAUUGAUGUCCGUGGGGGCGCUUUGUACGAGGAUUUAGUGCACGAACAUAUUUCUUAUUGUACAUUGGAGACCGGCAUGCCAGGUGGCACAUUUAAUGCGUUUGCUUCUUAAGCAUUAAUUGUAACAUUCUGUAAUGUGCUGAAAUAUAUUGUCAAAUGUUCAUGAGGGAGUAAACUGAACUAGCAAGUU